AUGGGUACGCCACAACGUGAUGUAAAAGUAAAUUAUUCUGAAGUACAAAAGGAUUUAUUAAUUGAACAACAUUGCGCAUUUUUAAUUGGUUAUGGUCGUUCACAUAAUACAUACGAAUAUGGUGCAACUGAUUAUCUGCGUAUGAGUGGCAUUUAUUGGCUUUGCACCUGUCUUGAUUUACUUCAUUCAUUAAAAUUAAUUGAUCAAGAGCAUAUUAUUGAUUAUAUACAAAAAUGUUACGAUAAAAAUUCUGGUGGUUACUCCCCGUGUCCAAACCAUGAUCCACAUUUAUUAUAUACAUUGUCAGCAGUGCAAUUACUUGUUCAAUUAAAUCGAACGGAUUUGAUUGAUAAACAAAGUUUAUGUUCAUAUAUAAAACAAUUACAACAAGACGACGGAAGUUUUAUCGGUGAUCAAUGGGGCGAAAUUGAUACACGUUUUUCAUUUUGUGCUGUUGCCUGUUUGAAAUUAAUUGAUUCAUUGGAUACGAUUGAUAUCGAUCGUGCUACAAACUUUAUUAUGAGUUGCUUAAAUUUUGAUGGUGGCUUUGGUUGUAUACCUGGAGCAGAAUCACAUGCCGGACAAAUAUACUGUUGUUUAGGAUUUUUAUCACUCGUUCAGCGUCUUGACAAUCUUGAUUUAUCAACAAGAAAUAUGUUAGCAUGGUGGCUAUGUGAACGGCAAUUAGAUAAAUCAGGUGGACUCAACGGUCGGCCAGAAAAAUUGCCAGAUGUUUGUUAUUCAUGGUGGGUGUUAGCAUCAUUGAAAAUUCUCGGAAAAAUUCAAUGGAUCAAUAGAGAAAAAUUAAGUAAAUUUAUUUUAGCUUCACAAGAUGAUGAAACAGGUGGCUGUUCUGAUCGUCCAGGAAAUGUACCUGAUCCAUUUCAUACAUUAUUUGGUAUAGCUGGACUGUCAUUAUUAAAUACAUAUGAUGAAAAUAUUAUUAGAAAAGUCAAUCCUGUUUUAUGUAUGCCAGAAUAUAUUAUUCAAAAACUGGAAAUAAAAAUGCAACUAUUAUAA